GGUGUGAGUUGCGUAGUAUUUGACAACAAUAAUUCUUUGUAUGAUGGAUCGAGUGCGUCCGAAUCACUGCAGUGGAUGCUGCAGAGAUUAGCAAACUCACCCAUGUUGUUGCUUGCCUUCAGACUACUAGAAAAAGAUAGCAGUGCAAAUGUAAGCAUUGCAGAAUCCACAACAGCUAUAGGCACUUUGUGUAAUACCUCUCGCGCAUGUUCUGACAGACUGACACGCCCCUGCAAUGUCCGAUCAGUUUUGGGAAUGAGGACCGCCGGGGAGAGCGGGAACUACAGACACCGGUGUAGUCGGGCACGGCAAAACGCAAACACCGGCGCGAAAUGAAAUCCACGAGCGC